AUGACGGCUGUCAAAACCCCAAUGUCAAUCAGUGCGCUGCUGAAUCCACAGCAGCAAAAUGGAGAUAUCAACAUGCGGCACCAUAUCGAUCUCCCACUUCGACAAAUGCAAAUCGGCGAUAUGAACAGCAUGCAAUACAGCCAGGCCGAUUACCGACAUUAUCAGAACACUUCAAGAAGGAUACAACACGAGAGUGACGAACAAAGAUCGCUGGACGACAAGAGACUUCAGACAGCAGGAGGAUACCGAUAUGAACGCUUCGACUCCGUCUCCAGCACCUCUUCCACAACGAUAAGUGAACGCCGAAGAGCGCCACGGCCAAAAUACACCGACGAAGAAAUGUAUUUCAUCUGGUACCACCGCGUAGACCUCGAUGAAGAAUGGCGCGAUUGCACAGAGGCCUUUAACAAACAGUUCCCAAGCCAAGGACGUAGCGAACGAAAUACGCAGGGAAUCCAAUGCAAAUUCUACCGAUUUAUUAAUGCGAAGAAAUGUCCCACCGUAAGGGAACAGAGACGGCUCAAGGAUGGAGAGUUUAUGGCUCACGGCCGAUCAUCGAGGGGCAGGUUGUUGCCCAAGUUUGGCGUUGUGGAGUGGUGUCAUGUUUGGUAUCCGUGGAUGAGGGCUGAGCAUGCUAUUGCUGGUCUGCAUCCUGGUCCGCAGUUACAUCCUGUCGAGCCCCAAUAUCAGCAGCAUCAGCACGUUCAGGGCAGCCAGAAGAUGCCGUCUGAGAAGCAGAUGAUGAGAACGUAUAGCCACUCAUCUAUAUCCUCGUCCGCGGCCUCGAUCUUGUCCUCGGAAGCAUCGACGCCGGAACCGUAUACACCUAGCGCUUACUCGGAUGAUAUUGCUAGCGACGAGGAGAUGGUGCAAUGA